UGGUGAAUCAUAAAUAAUGUGUGUCUCUGUGGCAGGUGAAGUCUGUAAGUGCAUUCGGUGGCAGAGAUUCAACAUUUCCAGAGAAUCCAGCAGCCGCGAACAAGGGUCAACCCUCAUCUCAAGCAAUGGGGAGUUGUUCGGCUUCUGCAGAAGAGCCAGUAUGUGGUGGCGAGGACCCAUGUCUGCAAAAAAUCUUUCGCGGACAUCGCGACACUGUUACUGGACUGGUGUUCAAUCCAGAGAUGAAGCAGCUGAUCUCCUGUUGCCUGGACGGCUCUCUGAUGGUCUGGCCUUUCAAACCGCAGGAACGGGCGUUCCGCUUUGCGGCUCACAAGGCGCCCGUUUACUGCCUGGCCUUCUCACCCACUGAGUGCAUUGUUGUCUCUGGGUCAAAGGAUCAGACCGUCAGACUCUGGAUCCCAACAGUCGAGGGAAAGUCAACGGUGGUGCGAGCGCACAACGGAACGGUGAGAAGUGUGUCAUUUUCACAUGAUGGACGGUUUCUCUUGACCGGAUCAGAUGACAAGACAGUGAAGGUCUGGUCAAUGGAAGGCCUUCGGUUUCAGAACACCAUGGUCGGGCAUACAAAUUGGGUGCGAUCGGCAGAUUUCAGUGCUGAUGGGAGGUUUGUGAUAUCCGGAGGUGAUGACCGAACGGUUAGACUCUGGGAUGUUGAGACCCAUACAUGUGUGCACACGUUCGAGGACCACGAAGGCAUGGUUAAUAGUGUCACGUUUCAUCCAGAAGGACCAUAUGCAUGCUCUGGCUCGUCCGAUCACACGAUCAAAGUUUGGGAUGCACGGUCAAGGGCGCUUUCGCAAAGCUUUGGCGGUAAUAGAGGGGCAGUAAACUCUGUUAAUUAUCAUCCUUCUGGGAAGUACCUGCUCUCUUCGUGCAAUGAUACGUCUCUAAAAGUUUGGGAUCUUAAAGGGGGGCAUUUGUUCUACACCUUGAACGGUCACGAAGGCGCGGCCACGUGUGCACAGUUUGCACCCUCCGGCGACUUUUUCGCAUCGGGUGGAGCCGAUGAGACAGUGCUACUUUGGCGAACAAACUUCGAUCGGGCACCCGAGGACUAUGCGAAUUCAGUCAUUGCGAAGGAAUUCAGCGCGGGUGCAAAGUCGGUCGAGCAGCCUCGCUCCUCAAGUCACAUGGUUCGGAAGGGACCACCCGCAACGAGGCGGAUUGCACCCACUCAGCAGCAGCUGCAGCAGCAGCAGAAGCAGCAGCAGGAACAGCAGCAGCAGCAGCAGAAGCAGCAGCAGGAUCAGCAGCAGCAAUCAAACUCACCAGGUCGAGUCAAUGGCGGACAGGUGGACAGCCCUUCUGCCUCAGAUGCUGGAUCUGACAGUGGCGGACCGUCCCGUCAGAACGGUGAUGUUGUUCCCUUUUUGCGCCGGUCGGACUCCAGCUCGUCUGGCAAAGCCCAUGAAAUAACUGGCGGACUGUAUACCGGACCCCUUCAGCGAAUCGCUCGACAGAUGGACGUUUUGACGCAGACGAUGGCCGUCUUUGAGGAGAGACUCACUGUCAAUGAAGAGAAGAUGAAGCGCAUAGAGGACAAACUGGUUGUUAUAUUGGAUCAGAUCAUCACUGGCAAGAACUCGCCAGCACAACUGCAAAGGAGUAUGCAAUCCCCCACAACAUCUCCAGGAAGUCUUGAACUGCAUUCAUCGGUGGUCUUGGACGACAGUCGAAUGACCACAGGUACCGUGGAGGAACCAGUCAUUGGCGGCGCCCCGCCGGAACUGAUGGUAACGACCAGAUCCCACUCAUCAGGGACCACUGGUUCAUCAGCGGGCCCGUAUGAGUCCCUAACCACAGCCAAUUCUGCGCCCAAUGUCAGCAUCGCAAAUCACGUACGGGCUUCAUCUGCCAGCCAUCCUGGAGAUUCCACGUUGGUUUCUGCUGUGAACAGCUCCUCAACGUCGGACUCUGAUAGAGAUGAGAAAGUACCAGGCCAUGCUCCGGCUCCAGGCACCGUCCCUCUUAAGAAGACAUCCUCAACAUUGGCUUCGCUAGAGAUCCUCAGCAAUCACGAAACAGAGACGCCUAGCUUAACAACACAAGGAGAAGAUUGGAGGGUAAAUUCAAGGCCACCGGUGGCGGAGAUCGCAACCAUUGCAGUAGAAGACGGGGAGAACAUGUAAGUCAUGUGAGGACCGCUCCCCUCACAUUUGGAAUCUGUCAAGGCAAGCAAAUUGAACCUCCAUCAGCAGCUGGAGAACAGCUCGCCGGACCCUAUCCUUGGUCUUGUCGACUCUGUCUGGCAUGCUCUGUAUUUACCUGGCCUUGAUUGUCACGAGUAUGAAACUCUUGUUUUGUCAUGGGACCGAGAAUGAUGCACAUUCUCCGCUGGUCCCGGUGUUGGAGCUCGUCCGGUGGCUAUCCCGAUCUUGUCCUCCUCGGGUCGACUCUAGCAUGGCGAAGCAUGGCCGCCUCAUGUUGACCUGGCCUUGAUCAUCAUGGGUGUGCAAAUCUCUUAGUCUGCCAUGGGACCAAGAACAACGCGCAUGCUUGCCUGGUCCUGCUGUUUGGACCUAUGGUCCAAUGGCUGGCGAUCUGGACCUCAUCGCUCUUGUGGUGACUCUGGCAUGGGGUGAGUGUUCACCUGAUGCUGAUUUUUUGACCCUGAUCAUUUGGAAUUGAAUUGGCUAUGGGGGAAGCCUGGCCCAGGUGUCCAGAGCUGGCAGACUGGACACUUGGCAUUCGCACUUGGACGGGCAUCAGAUAGGCACAGCCUGCAGGUAGGGGUAUCUGAUGGUGUCUUUUCAUUUGUCCAUUGCACUUACACGGUGUGCGCUACUUCAAGAGUUGUCUUCACAACACUAAGAGGCAAUUCAUAAAGUUCCCCGUUCAUAUCUGGCCGACUUCUCAAUCUCGUAAGCACUUGUCCUGAAGGCAGCGACAAAAGCCGCAGCUGACUACUGAGUGCUGGUGUCGGUGACGACAUGGGAAUCCCUCAGGUACUUCCUGGUUGAGCUACGCGUUUUUAUGGGAAGACUUGUCCUUUGCGAGCCAUCUGCGUAGGGGGACGUUACCCUGCUCUCUCUUCUUUUGCACAGUCUGCUAUACUUGCCUCCUUGCUGAUAUAUCUUCCAUAGCAAUGGUAGUAUUCUUCCAUCUGUGAUAGCUCUGUUUGACGAUAUAUAUUACAUAGAUAUGGCAUAUGCAUACACACAUGGCCUGCUGCCCGGCAUUACGGAGGACUAGAGUUCCGCAGGUAAGAAUGAAUGUACGGGGAGAAUAACAUCAGCCUAUUUUUUCGCGGCAGCGUGAGGUGCAACAUGGAGGGGACUAUGGGAGGCCAGAGGGACCACAAGAAUCAAGAGCGAUUCUAAGA